CGGCCAUCGCCACUGCCCCCAUCCAUCUCCUUCGCUCGCUCGCACUGUCACACACACGACACACUCCACUGCCUGCCCUCGCUCCUCCCCCUCCCCCUCCCGCACGCUAGCUGGAGGCCAGCCCUUUAUAACCCGGCGAGGCCACGCUGCGGAUCCAAGCACUCCUCGAUCCCCUCGCCCCCUCCUCGAGAUCCGCUCGGAGCCGCGCCCCAGCUCCCCGGCCGGCGAGGUGCGCGCGGUGUGUGGCAGGAAGCAGCAAAGCUCUGCAACCUUUGGUGGAUCGAGCUGAUAUAAACAGGCCGCGUGCAGCGGGGUGGUCCUGUACAUGUGCUAGUGGGACUGAUGGCAUUCGGCCGAGGCGGGAAGAUGGACGGCAGGCGGCCCUCGUCGCCGUCUUCGUCGUUGUGCACGACGACCACCGUCGUGGUGUUUGUGGCGCUCUGCGUGGUGGGCGCCUGGAUGAUGACGUCGUCCACCGUCUUCCCGGUAGAGCCGACUUCAAACAAGAGGUCGGAGCCACUAGAGGUAUCAACAUCCAAUAAGAAGACGGAGGUCAAGGAUCAACGCGCAGAAGUUGGCUUUGGUGAAACCGAGGAGACGGCGACAUCCGGCAAUGCUGGCUCGGAGAAAUUCGAGGACACUGACAAUAAUGACAAUGUUCCAGAUGAGUCGCAUAGUAACAGGGAUGCUCCUGAGGAAGAGAAGUUCACUGAGAACACAAUGGAGAAGCCUGUGGAGAUGUCUGAAGAAAAGGAACCGCCAAAAGAAAAGGAGGACAGCAAGGAUUCCUUUGAUGAUGCGAAUGGAAAAUCCGAAGGGCAUAGUGCUAAGGAGGGUGGGGAGUCUGGCGAUGAGGAGGAGAAGAGCGAGGAGAGGAAAGAUAAGGAGACCAACACUGACAAUGAUGUUGAAAAAUCUGAUGGAGAGAAGAAGGAAGAUCAAGAAGGAAAGUCUGAGGAUGAUGCAACUGAACAGCCUCAAAUCGAGGAGAAAGUGGAAGAAAGUGGAGAGAAGGAACCAGCUGCAAAAGCUAACGAGGUAUUUCCUGAUGGAGCUCAAUCUGAACUUCUCAAGGAGUCGAAUACCGAGAAUGGGUCAUUCCCUACACAGGCCGCAGAGUCAAAGAAUGAGAAGGAAGCUCAAGCAGCAUCAAAAUCUUCAGGUGAUGAAAUCACCUAUAGCUGGAAAUUAUGUAAUAGCAGCGCUGUGACAGAUUACAUACCUUGCCUUGACAAUGAGAAGGCUAUCAAGAAGCUUCAUUCUACCAAACAUUAUGAACACCGCGAGAGGCAUUGCCCUGAGGAGCCCCCGACUUGCCUUGUCCCACUUCCGGAAGGAUAUAAGCGCCCCAUCGAGUGGCCCAAGAGCAGGGACAAGGUAUGGUACAGCAACGUUCCUCACACCAAGCUUGCAGAGUACAAGGGCCAUCAGAACUGGGUUAAAGUUUCUGGGGAUCACCUUCUGUUUCCUGGGGGCGGAACUCAGUUCAAGAAUGGCGCACUCCACUACAUCGAUACUAUUCAGCAGGCUUUACCUGAUAUUGCAUGGGGUAAACGAAGCCGUGUCAUUCUAGAUGUUGGUUGUGGAGUUGCUAGCUUUGGUGGCUACAUGUUUGAUAGAGAUGUGCUUACCAUGUCAUUUGCUCCAAAAGACGAGCAUGAAGCUCAAGUACAGUUUGCGCUGGAGAGAGGAAUUCCAGCAAUAUCAGCUGUAAUGGGCACCAAGCGACUUCCAUAUCCUAGCAGGGUUUUUGAUGUCAUUCACUGUGCUCGCUGCAGAGUCCCUUGGCACAUUGAAGGUGGCAAGCUUUUGCUGGAAUUAAACCGACUAUUACGUCCUGGUGGUUACUUCGUCUGGUCUGCCACUCCUGUUUACCAAAAGCUCCCUGAAGAUGUUGAAAUUUGGAACGCCAUGUCUUCUCUCACAAAGUCCAUGUGCUGGAAAAUGGUUAAGAAAACAAAGGAUACAUUAAAUCAAGUUGGUAUGGCCAUAUAUCAGAAGCCAAUGGACAACAACUGCUAUGAGAAAAGAUCAGAAGACAGCCCACCGCUAUGCAAGGAAACCGACGAUGCAGAUGCUGCAUGGAAUGUACCUUUACAAGCGUGCAUACCCAAAUUGCCGCCUGGUCCAUCAGUAAGAGGAUCAAAAUGGCCAGAGAUGUGGCCUCAAAGGCUUGAGAAGACUCCCUUCUGGAUUGAUGGUUCUCGUGUUGGAGUUUAUGGAAAACCAGCGAAUGAAGACUUCGAGGCAGACUAUGCACACUGGAAACGUGUUGUAAGUAAGUCGUAUGUGAAUGGCAUGGGGAUUGACUGGUCCAAAGUGAGAAAUGUCAUGGACAUGAGAGCCGUAUACGGAGGUUUUGCUGCAGCACUGAGGGACCAAAAAGUCUGGGUUAUGAAUAUCGUGCCAAUCGAUUCGCCUGACACACUGCCCAUUGUUUAUGAGCGUGGCUUGUUUGGAAUGUAUCAUGACUGGUGCGAAUCUUUCAGCACUUACCCGAGAACGUAUGACCUCCUACACGCAGACCAUCUCUUUUCAAAGCUCAAAAAGAGAUGUAAAUUGUUGGGAGUGUUUGCUGAGGUUGACCGGAUAUUGAGGCCAGAAGGGAAACUGAUCGUGCGGGACGACGCGGAGACAAUAAGAGCGCUCGAAGGCAUGGCGAAGUCCCUGCAGUGGGAGGUGCGCAUGACCUACGCCACGGGCAAGGAAGGGCUGCUCUGCGUCCAGAAGACCACGUGGCGGCCCAAGGAGAUCGAAGCAAGCAUGUAGUGAGACAUACAUUCAAGACAAACCGUUAACGGUUAGUGGGUACGUAUUACACUAGACUGAAUUUCGGCUCUAGGUAUAAGCACAUGAUUCUUGUUGAUGCUAAAAAAGGCAAAUGCAUUGUGCAGCUGUAGAAUCAUGUAUGUGUUUUUCGGCCUUUCAUUCUUUCUUUUGCUUGGACAACAUUUGUUGUAAAAUGAAUGUAAUGCUGUACUGUAAGUCGAUAGGUAGAGCCACAGCACGCAGGGUGGUGCCAGUUCUUCAGGAAAACCUCACUUGUGGUAUUGCUAUAGCAGUCAAGUAUCAUUGAAUUCAUGAUGUCCCAACAGAAAAAAAGAAGUUGGAUUGUUUCAUAA